UUUUCACAAUUUAGAAUGAGGCACCCUUUUAAAAUUAUGGACAGUCUUGAGGCACCCAUUUUAGAACGAGGUGCCUCAAGACUGUCCAUAAUUUUCAAGGGUGCCUCAAGACUGUCCAUAAUUUUCAAGGGUGCCUCAAGAUUGUCCAAAAUUUUAAAGGGUGCCUCAGGACUGUCCAUAAUUUUAAGGGGUGCCUCGGGACUGUCCAUAAUUUUAAAGGGUGCCUCGGGACUGUCCAUAAUUUUAGAGAGGGUGCCUCAGGACUGUGCCCAUAAUUUUCAAGGGUGCCUCAAGACUGUCCAUAAUGUUAAAGGGUGCCUCAAGACUGUCCAUAAUUUUCAAGGGUGCCUCAAGACUGUCCAUAAUUUUCAAAGGGUGCCUUGGGAUUGCCCAUAAUUUUCAAGGGGGUGCCUCAAGAAUGUCCAUAAUUUUUUCAAAGGGUGCCUCAAGACUGUCCAUAAUUUUCAAGGGUGCCUCAAGACUGUCCAUAAUUUUCAAGGGUGCCUCAAGACUGUCCAUAAUUUUCAAGGGUGCCUCAAGACUGUCCAUAAUUUUCAAGGGUUUCCUCAAGACUGGUCCAUAAUUUUCAAGGGUGUCUUGGGACUGUCCAUAAUUUU